AUGGCGGGCUGGGUGGGCUGGAUCAGUGCCGAAGUUAACUUCGCGUCACCAAUUGGCAUGAGCUUUGGACUCUCGCCGGUCCUCGACAGCACCCAUUCAGUCUUCACUCCUGGAGAUCCCAGGCCGUACUCCGGGCCAGAAAAGAAGGCGGAGCGGCCGGGCGAGCCUCACUUCCGGCCUGUGACCUGCCGACCUGUGCUUGUCCCACCAGUCGGGCGGAGGAGCCCAGCAAUGGUGGCUGAGCCCCAGGGCACAGUGAUGUUUGAGGAGGUGGCCAUGUACCUCACACAGGAGGAGGGGCAGCACCUGGAACCCCCUCAGAGAGCACUCUACCAGGAUGUGAUACUUGAGAACCACUGCAUCCUAACAGCUCUGGAUAAGCAUCACAUGGUUUUUCAGUGUCCACACUCAGGGUUAUCUCCCAGCGGGAGCAGGGGAAAAUGCCAUGGGUCAUUGCUCUGCCAGGGCCUCCCUGCACAGGUGAGUGAGGAGAUUCUUAGGUCAAGACAAAGCAUAAACAAUCAACCCCAACAGAAAAAUCUGAAGAACAAUUACAAGGAGUAACUCAGGAGAUUUUCCCAAGAGGCAAUCCAGAGGAGUUUGAGUUUCGAUCAGCUUGUAGGAUUGAGACAGGAGCAGAAUAUUGCUGGAAAAAAUUCACAAGACCAGGAUGGCCGUGUGCGGUGGCUCACAUCUGUAAUCCCAGCACUUUGGGAGGCUGAAGCGGGCGGAUCAUGAGGUCAGAAGAUUGAGACCAUCCUGGUUAACACCAUGAAACCCCGUCUCUACU